AUGGAGCCAAUUCAGACCGACCAGACUUCUCCCAGCGACUAUGACUUGUCGGCCCCGAUCUCUUCCACGUCCGGCCUGCGUCAGGGUCUGGCUUCAUACGGCGACCCUCACUUCUCGCUGUUCCUCCGCAAGGUCUUUAUAAAAGCCCUGGGCUACUCCGACGAUGCCCUCUCGCGCCCCAUCAUUGGCAUCAUCAACACUUACUCCGGAUUCAAUCCGUGCCACGGCAAUGCGCCGCAGCUCAUCGAAGCCGUCAAGCGCGGCGUGUAUCUCCAUGGAGGACUGGCGGUGGAGUUUCCUACCAUCAGUAUCCAGGAGAGUUUCGCCUACCCGACCAGCAUGUUCCUACGCAACUUGAUGAGCAUGGACACCGAGGAAAUGAUCCGUGCUCAACCCUUGGAUGCGUGUAUCAUGAUCGGAGGCUGCGACAAGACCGUCCCUGCCCAACUGAUGGGUGGCUUAUCCGCGAACAAACCAAUUCUCCCGCUCAUCACAGGGCCAAUGCUUCCAGGAAGCCAUCGUGGGCAAAGAAUAGGCGCAUGCACUGACUGCCGGAACAAUUGGGCUGCCUUCCGGGCUAAGGAUAUCGAUAUUGAGGAGAUUUCAGCGAUUAAUGAAGAGCUUGCCCCAACUAUCGGAACCUGUGGUGUCAUGGGGACUGCGAGCACAAUGGCUUGCAUCACCGCUGCUCUAGGAAUGAUGCCCCUCAGAGGCGCCUCGGCGCCCGCGGUUUCUUCCGCGAGAAUCAGAGUGGCCGAAGAGACCGGAGCGACUGCUGUGUCAGUUGCACGCGCGGAACGGAAACCCCAAGAUGUACUAUCGACGGAGUCCUUUUUAAAUGCCAUCACUGUUUUACAGGCCAUCGGAGGAUCGACCAACGCCGUGGUGCAUCUAAUGGCUAUCGCGAACCGACAUCCUCAAAUCAAGGGACUGAUAGCUUUACAGACAAUCGAGGAGAUAGGCCAGAAGACACCGCUUCUCAUUGACCUCAAACCAAGCGGUGACAACUAUAUGAAUGACUUCCACAACGCUGGCGGGAUGCUGGCGUUGCUGCAUACCCUUCGGCCUCUUCUUCAUCUUUCAGCAAUGACGAUCACGGGUAAGACCCUGGGCGAGGUACUAGAUGCCUCGCCAUUCAGGAUGUUUCCACUCUCACAGCAGAUCAUCCGACCACUAUCAGACCCUCUUUACCCUUCAUCGUCGCUGGUCAUACUCCGGGGAAAUAUUGCUCCUGACGGUGCUGUAAUGAAGGCAUCGGCAUCCAAAGACCGGAGCCUGCUUUCCCAUACAGGACCGGCAGUCGUGUUUGAAAACUCCGCAGACCUAGCAAAGCGAAUCGACGACCCCGAUCUUGAUGUCACCAAGGACUCCGUGUUGGUUCUCAAGGGAAUUGGACCGGUGGGUAAUCCGGGAAUGCCUGAAGCCGGUCUUAUUCCCAUCCCCCGCAAGCUUGGUUUUGUUGGUGUCAAAGAUAUGCUGCGGCUUUCCGAUGGACGCAUGUCGGGCACAGCAGGGGGUACCAUCGUUCUUCAUAUAUCGCCCGAGUCGGCCUUGCAUGACUCACCAUUUGGAGUGGUUCAAACCGGCGAUCUAAUCACGUGCGACAUCGCAACUAGGAAGCUUCAGUUGGAGAUCGCCGAUGACGAGCUGCAACGGCGCAUUGAGGCGAGAAAGCAAGCGCUCAAUAACAGCGCGGAGGUGGCACCGGCCAAGGAAAGGAAAAGGGGAUAUCGCAGCCUGUACGAGCGCUCGGUUAACCAGGCUCAGGACGGGGCCGACUUUGAUUUCUCACGGCGAUUGGCCCCUUCCUGCUACCCGAUCGGGCCAAAGUAG